AUGCAACGGCUACCUGUCACAUUAGGCUUCUGUGGCUUCACAGUAGAAGAUCUAUGUCUAAUAGCUAUUUCAAAAUGUCCAAUUGUACUAGAUAAGGCUGUUUGUUCCAGAUUAGGCAUAGAAGUAACAGAUUUUGGCACAACUAAUGCAAACUGCAUAAGCGAAACCUCUACAUCUUCAAAUUCAGUAUCUAGAAUUUUGUCCUCAUUAGCACUAGAAAGGAGCAUCAAAUCUAAGGCAGGAGACCCUCUUCAUAUCAAAUCACUACUAAAUCAACUGAAUGCAGAUGACUUAGAGCCCAUUGCACCAACAGCAGAAGGUUUGGAUAAUAUUAGCAAUAGUUUGACGUGUGCCGAUGAUUGUUUGGGACGGUCAAUUUUGAUAUCAAAACUGAUUAAUACAUUGUCUGAUUACUCUGAUUGCGUAUUAGGCCUUCUUUGUGAAAUUAACGGAGUAAAGAACAUCCCAUUCGCAGAAUUGCAAUCCUUUCCUAAUUCAACCUCUAGCUCCAGAAAUUUGCAAUGGCUACUGCAAGAUAGCAAAUACAUACAAAAAUCAAAAGGAUCAGACACUAGUGAUAAUGUUAAACAGCUUAUUGUUGAUCUAAUAGUAUUAAUUGGCAACGUUAGGAUGGAUGCGGAAAGGAUGUCAAAGAGCUGUAAAAAUUUUCUGGGUAACAGAAUAAAUACAUUUAAGCAGCAAGAUUUAUUUGAACAAAUUUUUAAAAUCCAAUUGAAUCUGCAUGUCACAUCUAUAUAUAACAGCAUUAUAUUCAUACUUCAGAACUUUAUCAACUUAAACAAUAUCAUUAGUGGCACAAAUAACACAUAUAUUAACCCAAAAUUGCCAAGCACAUCACGUUUCACCACUCAAAUGGGGGAUAUUGAAUUGAUGGCUUUUAAUUGGAUAGAAGCACUUAAUUUUGUGAUGAAUGACUUAAUAUGCAAGGCUAGUCAAAUGUCCAAAAGUUCCAAAAAGAGCGGCAAUGGAUCUGCUGGACAAAUAUUGGGCUUUGGCAGGGGAAAUUUGUUGGUUGAACAAUUUUUCAUAACCAAAAAACAGUUAUUAAAGGAUUACAACCUUUGUUUAAUGGCGAAUGAGCUUGCUGAGUUGUUGGUACCACAAAACCAAAUGGGGAGGAAACCAAAGGUUCCAAAGGGCACUCAGGAUUUCGGCCCCAAACAAAUGACCCUAAGAUCUAUGAUGUUUGACAAAAUAAAGAAGAUCUUUUUGCAACACGGAGCUGUUGAAAUUGACACACCAGUGUUUGAACUGAGGGAGACGCUUUUGAACAAAUAUGGGGAUGACCAGAAGCUUAUAUUUGAGCUUAAAGAUCAAGGAGGAGAACAAUUAGCCCUUAGAUACGAUUUGACAAUUCCAUUUGCUCGAUUCAUAGCCUCUCAACAAUCAAACAAGAUAAAACGGUUCCACAUAGGCAAGGUGUACAGGAGGGACGAUCCACAAAUGACAAAUGGGAGGUUUAGGGAAUUCGUACAGUGUGAUUUCGACAUUUCAGGCGAUUAUGACUCUAUGAUCCCAGAUGCAGAAGUAGUUUUCAUCAUGUGGCGUAUACUACAAUCAUUUCAUCAUUCAAUUGGGGAAUUUAAGGUUAAAUUAUCGCAUAGAAAGUUGUUGGAUGCUGUGUUGGAAGUUUCACAUGUACCUCAGCAAUUACGCAAAUCAAUCUCCAGUUCUAUAGACAAGCUAGAUAAGGAAACUUGGGAAAAUAUAUCAAGUGAAAUGAUGCAGAAGGGAUUAUCACAAGCGUCAAUUAAAUCUAUUAAAGGGUAUAUAUCACUGAAUGGCACAAUAUCAAGUGUACUUUCUCAACUUGAAAAUACAGAAAUAUCCAAAUUGGAAAAUGCAAAAACUGCAAUUGAAGAAAUAAAACUGUUUAACCAAUAUACUUUAUCGUUUCAUAUGGGCAAAGAACCGCCACUCGUACUUGACCUAAGUUUGGCAAGGGGCCUAGAUUACUAUACUGGAUUGAUCUACGAAGCUGUACUAAUAGACAAUAAAGAUGUCGGUUCUAUUGCCGCUGGAGGUAGGUAUGAUGGAUUAAUUGGAUCAUUUUCAUCCACAACUGUACCGGCAAUUGGAUUAUCGAUAGGAGUAGAACGAUUGUUUAGAAUCAUUGAAAGUAAAUCCACAGACUACAGAACACGCGACACUAAAGUUUAUGUAUGUUCAAUUGGCGAUGGAAUGAUUUUGGAGAGAAUUAAAAUUUGCAGUGAGCUAUGGAAAGCAGAUAUUUCUGCUGAAUUUGCUCAUUUUCAGAAUCCAAAAAUUAAGAAACAGCUGGACUUGGCUACUGCAGCUAAAGUACCUUUGGUUGUGAUAAUAGGCGCAGAUGAAUUGACGGAUAAUAGUGUAAUAAUAAAGCAAAAGUCUGUGCUUGGAGGAAAUGAUUGGGAGCAGACCAGGGUUACUAGACCAAAUAUGGUUCAGGUGUUGAAACAGAAAAUUGCUAGUUUUGGAUAUGACAAUAUUUAA